AUGACCCCCGGUGCCCAGUCCACCCCUGUCCCUCCGAGGAUGGCACCCUGCAGUACAGUAUGAUAUUGGAGCACCUGGUGGGGGAGAAGAGGAGACCGAGGGAGGUGAUCCCGGGGGGCCUCGGAGGGGUCCCCACCCCCAUCAAAUCCGAUGAGCAGAAGAUGAUGGAGCGAGUGAUGGAGAGCUGUGCCUUCAAAGCGGCCCUGGCCUGUGUGGGAGGUUUUGUCCUGGGUGGGGCCUUUGGCGUGUUCACUGCCGGCAUCGACACCAACGUAGGUUUUGAUCCUAAGGAUCCUUAUCGCACACCUACUGCUAAAGAGGUGUUGAAAGACAUGGGACAGAGGGGAAUGUCCUACGCCAAAAACUUUGCAAUAGUGGGUGCUAUGUUCUCCUGCACAGAGUGUCUAGUAGAAUCGUAUCGAGGGAAAUCUGACUGGAAGAACAGUGUGAUCAGUGGCUGUAUAACAGGGGGUGCAAUUGGCUUCAGAGCUGGACUGAAAGCUGGCGCUAUUGGAUGUGGAGGAUUUGCUGCUUUUUCUGCCGUCAUAGACUACUAUCUGCGAUAG